UCCUCCCCUUUCUCCCCCCAGAACACCCACCAGCCCCCCAAGGCCAAGGAGGACGGGGCCCGGAAGGUGCUGCUGACCCCCAAGCAGGAGCCCCUGGAGACCCCCGUGUCCAAGGUUUCCGAGGAAUCCUCGUCGUCCUCGGAGGAGGACGAGCCCCCGAGUUCCCCGGAGCUGCGCAAGGCCAAGAGGAGCCGAUUCCAAAGAAAAUCGGGAUCCAAAUCCAAGGGCAGCGGUUGGACCUGCGGCGUCUGUCACUCCUGGUUCCCCGAGCGCGACGAGUACGUGGCACACAUGAAGAAGGAGCACGGGAAGUCGGUGAAGAAGUUCCCGUGUCACCUCUGUGAACGUUCCUUCUGCUCGGCCCCGAGUCUGCGGCGCCACGUCCGCGUCAACCACGAGGGCAUCAAACGGGUCUAUCCCUGCAGGUACUGCACGGAGGGCAAAAGGACCUUCAGCAGCCGCCUGAUCCUGGAGAAGCACAUCCAGGUCCGGCACGGGAUCAAGGUGACGGAUCAGAUGAAGAGCCAGGAGGUCGUGAUCGCCCGGAUCGGGAGCGGCCCCGCCCAGCUCCCGGGCCGGAAGAGGAAACUCUCCUCGGAUGAUUCCUGCAGCGAGGAGCCCGACAGCACCACCCCCCCCUCCAAAACCCCCCGUGGGGAGCGCAAAGCCCCCCUGAGGUGCCGCAAGUGCGGGUACCUGGCCAGCAGCGCCUCCGACUUCCAGGAGCACAUCCCGAGGCACCGGACCGACGGCAGCUCCCACCAGUGCCGGGAAUGCGGCCUCUGCUUCACCUCCCAGGUGUCCCUCAACCGCCACCGCUUCAUCACACACAAGAAGAAGAAGGGAUCCCCGGGGGAUCAUCCCGGGGAGGAUCAUCCCGGGAGGGAUCAUCCCGGGAAGGAUC